GUAGAAGCUGAACUUGUGACUAAACUGAAACUAAAACAGUUUUUGUUACAUUUCUUGUGUUUUUGGAGUGCUUCUAUCCCGGUUCAUUAAUUAAUAUACAUUUUAUUUUGGUUGUUUUCUGAAACCCUAUUAAAAUGUCUGUAAAUGAGAUAAUAAUAACACUGUGUUACAAAACAUCUAUCAUAAUCUUGACUAUUGCCAUAUGGUUUGUAUGCAUGUAUUGAGCUCAGCAUGCACUGUGAUGCUGGCAUGGCACCCUGCUAACACCCACAUGUCCAUGUCAGAGCCUCUGAUGAGCUAAUCUAGCGGUCAGCGUGGUGACGGGAUCCCCUGCAGAGAGAUGUCCUUCUUUAAGAGCUUCCAGCAGAACCUUCCAUCUGUCAACAUUUCCUCCCUUUUGGACACAGUCACCAGCCGCGUGGAUGACCUGGCCAACGCUGUCAGCGACGCCACAUACGCCGUCAGCGACCAGCUGACCGAGCAGGUCACCACUAUCAUCAGCAAUGUGCAAAAUGAGGAAGAUGUGGAAAACAGUGGCCUGGAUUCUGGUCAGACUUCCACAACACAGGAAGGAGGAAGAAAGGCCAGCAGCGCAGCAUCAAAGACCAACCAGUCCAGUGAUACUAAAGAGGCUGAGUGCACUCCGAGCCAGCAGGAGUGGGAAUGGAGGGAUGGAUGCUGGCGAGUUAAAAAGACAGAAGCUGAGUUAGCAGAGGAAAAGAAGAGGAAGAAAGAGGAGAUGGAGCUGCAGGAGAAGAAAGAGCAGAGGAGAAAAGAAAGGAGAGAAAAGCAGCUAGAAAAAGAAGUCAAAGCACAGAAGAACAAUGAAGAAUCCCCAGAUGGAGAGCAAGAGGAGGAAGCUGAUGCUUUAGAGAAAACCAACACCAGUAGUGGACAGGGCAGAAAUGCAAGCGACAGCGGAGACCACUCCACCACUCAGCAAAAAGGCGAUGAUGACUGCGUCAAACCUCCUCCAUCACCUGGUCCCGAGACCGAAAGCGGGUUAUCUAAACAGAAAAAGCAAACAGAAAAAGAAGAGGUGGCAGAAAGCCUUGAGAGAGAGGGCGAUGACGAGGAAGAGGCUGAGCUUUCUAGAUCUUCCUCAACAAUGAAAAAGAAAAAGUCAGAUAAGAAGAAGAGGAAAGGAGAAAAGGAGGGUUCAAAGAAAUCGGAGGAUGCCUCAGACGGGGAGAAAAAGAAGGAGAAAGUGAAGAAAAGCAAGAAGAAAAAGAAAGCAAACCAAGAGGGAGUUUUAUCUGGCAGCGAGGAGGACACAGGGCCCGGGGCCGGGGCCCAGCAGAACCCAGCUUCUGCGUGGAGAAACAAACGCAAACAGUCCACUGAGCAGGGCGGCUACAGCAGUGAAGCCUCCAGCGAACGGGCCAGCAGCAUCCAGAGAAUAAAGAAGAAUUCGUCCCUCAGUGAUCCCAAGCCUCCUCCGUACCAGGACGAGGGCUCGGCCCCGCGCGUGUCCUCUCAUUCCCGCUCGGAACGAGGGGUCCGGAGGGGGUCGUCCCCCCAGCACUGCGACAGCCCCCGCUGCUCCAGUGAGGCCAGUGUGGACCAGGACACUGAGAGCUACCUAAACAAAGGCUGUGGGGAGGACAUUCCCAGUGAUAGCACCGCUGUGCUGGGACCAGAGGACGGAUUUAGUUCUCAGCUCCCUACAGCCUACGAGCCAGAGCCACUUGCCAAAUACGGCACGCUGGACGUCGCCUUUGAGUACGACUCCGGUGAGCAGUGGUUGGCCGUCACAGUCACCGCGGCAACCGACAUCCCUGCUCUCAAACAGACGGGCAACAUUGCGUGGCAGGUCCACCUGGUCCUGCUGCCCACCAAGAAGCAACGGGCCAAGACCGGCGUGCAGAAGGGUCCGUGUCCAGUCUUCACGGAAACAUUUAAGUUUUCCAGGGUGGAACAGGAGGCCCUGGGGGACUAUGCUGUUCGCUUCCGCCUGUACAGUAUCAGGCGGAUGAAAAAGGAGAAGGUCCUGGGAGAGAAGGUGUUCUACCUGACUAAGCUCAACCUGCAGGGCAAGAUCGCUCUGCCUGUCACCCUGGAGCAGGGCUCUGAACUUACAGGUUGCGGCUCUGUAGUGAGCGUGUCUCGCAGUGCAGGAGCUCUGUCCUGUCGCUCCACUGAAGACUCUUCCUUGCCAGAGAUCCUCCUGGGUCUCCUCUACAACUCUGCCACGGGACAGUUAUCUGCUGAGGUCAUCCAGGGAAGCCACUUCAAAUCCACAGCGUCUGAUAAACCCGUCAACGGUCUGUUCUGUUGUAUUAAACACUUCGUAGGGGGGCAGCUUUAUAUCAUGAGAGACACCUACGUGAAGCUGACCAUGCUGGACUCCAAGGGGAAAGAGAUGUCCAAGUGUAAGACGGCUGUGUGCCGCGGCCAGCCCAACCCCACCUACAAGGAGACGUUUUUGUUCCAGGUGGCGCUCUUCCAGCUGUCCGAGGUGUCCCUGGUACUGUCUGUGUUCUGCCGCCGGAGCAGCAUGAGGCCCAGGGAGAGGCUGGGCUGGGUGUCCCUGGGCCUCAACAGCACCGGCGAGGAGCAGCAGACCCACUGGACAGAGAUGAAAGAGGCGGAGGGACAGCAGGUCUGCCACUGGCACACACUUACCGACACAUAGGAGGACGAUUAAUGCAGAGUGACAUUAACAACAUUCCCUAUGUGUGUCAGAGUUGUGG